AUGAUCUUCAAGUUUUUUCUCUCCUUAUUCUCUUUCUUUCUUUCUUUCUUUUUUCUUUCACAUAACUCUUCUUUCUUUCUUUCUUUCUUUCUUUCUUUUAAGCUUCACUUUUCAUUUUUCUUUUUCUCCUCGAAUGAUCUUCAAGUUUUUUCUGUACUUAUUCACUUUCUUUCUUUCUUUCUUUCUUUCUUUCUUUCUCCUUAUAUGAAAUUAUUCUUCCUUUAUUAUACUUCAUUUAAUUCUAUAUAUUUCCUUCAUUUUCUCAUUCAUCCUUUUCUCGCUUCCGACUUUUUAUAUUUACUCUCUCUUAUCUUCCUCUAUGCCUUUUUUUUGUUAUUAUAUUCUUCUCAUUUUCUUUUCUUAUCUUUUCCUUUUCUUCCAUUUGUAUCGGUCCCCUUCAUUCAAUAUUUUUCUCUCAAUUCUUCAAUUAGAUUUCCUUUAUUGAUUCCUAUCAUUCCCCCCCCCUUCGACCCCACUUCACUUUUGCCAGACCAGAGAGAUUUCUUUCUUUACCAAAUAACCAUUACAUUUUCAUUUUCUUUCUUUCAUUUUUUAUUUGAUUCCGUUUCGUUUCAUCUAAUUCCGUUCCAUUUCACUGUUCCCUUUCUUGUUUUUAAGCCAACACGAUUAAAUCUCGUUUUGAAUUGA